AUGGAUUUUAUGAAACAAACAAGUGUACCAAGACUUAGCUCUUUUGUACUAUUUUGUUUCAGGGAUUAUAAUAAAAAUAUUCAGGGUUUGGUUAAUAAAACAAAUAAAAUGUUUAAAACCAAGAGCUUUGCGACUGUUGUUGAUGCUGGUGCUGGCGCUAGAGCUGAAACUGAUAAUGAACCACUCAAGAAGUUGAAAUCCGUGAACAUUUUAGAUAGCAGUGAUUAUUCUGCUCAAGCUCUAGUACCUUCUCCUUUGGAAUUCGAAAAAUUUAUUCCAUGGGUGUGUAAACAAUGGUGUACUUCUACCGCUAUUCUGAUCACUCGAAAAACGCAAGAACCUCCCAUAAGAAAAUCAAUCACCAAGACAAGGAGUAAAACCUUUAGCCAGGAUUCGAAACCUAAAUCAUCUGAAGAAAUUUCACCGCCUGGCUCUAUAGUAAACAUUGAACAGCAAAUUAACUUGAACGUGUACGGUGAAGAAGUGGUCCCAAUUACAGCUUAUUAUGACGUCAAAAAGCGAUUAAUAGAAGUAGCCUUUCUCGAAUGCCAAGUUACCGUGUCUAGGAAAAUUAUCCAAGCCAUUAGCCUCUCCUUACCUUACCAUUCCGCGUUAACCCGGUUCACUUUCCGUAGAAGUGGAUUGACUGAUAAACUAAUUUACGAAAUUAAUAAAUUACUUCCUAUUUCAAAUAUAACUGAGGUUUGCUUUGAUGAUUCGCACGUAAAAGAAGGCAAUUACUAUAUUCUUCUCGAACAGUUUUCCCAAUUGAAAUAUUUGUCACUUAAUCGGUGCUGCAUUAAUGACGACAUUUGUAAGAAAAUUUUCACAAACAUUCAUUUUCAUGCACCAGCUGGGAAUACCCUACAAGUUUUAGAAUUGGGAUCUAAUGAAAUAACUGAUGAAGGAGCUAAGUUCAUAGGGACUGUGCUUAGAACAAAUCGAUGUUUGUUACACCUCAAUUUGUCAGGAAAUAUGAUCACCGACGAGGGCUUCCGACCAAUGAUAGAAACUUUAAUGAAGUUUCCUUUGGAAUCGGAUGAGAUUAUGGCAAUGAGACGCAGAAAAUUUAGAUAUCUACAGAAUAAAAUUAAUGUGUACAUAAGAUGCCUUAAGGAUUUGAAGUACGGGAGAGCGCCAACGCCAACGCCAGCGUCAGUAGAUGACAUGGAGAGCAGCAUAUCUGGGAGGAGGUCACUUCUGAAACACUCACACAAAAAACAUAAGAAGAUAUCACGCCAAAGUGAAGCAGAUAGAGCUGAAGCCAUGGCUAGAGGGAUAGCAGGUGAUUUUGAAGAUCCUUUCGCACCUGAGAAUUUGGUUUAUAAGGACGACAAUGUAGCCUACUCCACGGGGAAUUUAAUACUGUGUUACCUAAAUAUGGCUUAUAAUAAUCUAGAAUUUCCAUCUCUUCAGAGAAUCAAGCAAGUCCUAGCAUAUCAGGAUGAUGUGGCUAAGGCACGCAAAGAGACCGGACUGAUUCGAGUGAUAUUAGAUGGGAACUAUAUUCCUCAAAAGUGUGAUGAUAUGGAGGAAAUUGAUUUAUAUUUAAGAAAAGUUGUAAUUUUGAAGAGUUGGGUUAGAAAGGCAAGGCCAUCUGUUGUCUUAAAACGGGUGCAUAGUUCAAAAAAGUUGAUUUGA